UGCAUUCAAAUUGCUCACUGUUUUAUUUUUUAAUUGUUUUUAAUUAGCAGACAAAAUAUUAAGCCAGAACAGACAGGAAAUAAGAUGUCACACAACCACACACAGCUGCUGGAUUAAUAACUAAACAUAUAACAACACAUGAAUGAAAGGUACAAAUCAAGUUAGGUAUGUUAUUAACUAUUGUAUCACACUAGGGGUAUUGACAGUUGGUAAAAUAUUAUUAUUUAAGUAAAAGUCGAGAAGUAUCAUCAGCUAAAUUAUCAGAAGUAAAAGUAAAGUUCAUUGUGCAGAUUGUCAAUGGUAUUGCAUGAAGAAUCUAAGCAUCUAAAGUGCCUAAAACUUGUGCCCAGUGCUGUAUAUGAUAUGGUUAGAUUAUUAUUACAGAUGCAUUAACAUGUAAGUAUCUUUUUUAAUGUUGUAGCCUGUCAAAGUGGAGUUACUUGUAACUACUUGUAAAUACUAUUGGGUAGUUUAAUCUACGACAAAUCAUCAUAAUUUAUGAGCAGAUCAUAUAUUUUGUGUUAAACAGUUUUAUCUUCAAAGUAAAUAGUUACUAUAGCUAUCAAGUAAAUGUAGUGGGGUAAAAAAUAAGCAAUAUUUCUCUCUAGAAUGUAGAGGAGUAGGAAAAAAAUGCAUCAAAUACUCAAGUAAAGUACCCUAAAACUGUGCUUAAAAGUCAAUUGUGGAAGAAAUAAUCAGAUUGUUUACUUAAAUAAAUUUAGCAAUAAAAAACCAAUUCACAAAUUAAAAUUCUCCCUUCAAAAUGCAUCACCACGUAAGCAGCAUUUGACUGUAUCUGGGUGAGGUAGGUAUAUACUGUUCGGUAUUCACAGUACCAGUGUUGAUGGCUCUCAGCUUUCGCUGCUCGCCCUGCAGACACAUCUAGACACUUCCUUGUGUCGCAUGUGUAGCUGUCUCUCUGUUGGUUGCUGUAGUAGCUGUGACAUUUUUUUCAGCCCUUCAUCUUCGCAGUUUCACACCUCAAAUGCAUUUGGGUUAUUUAUGAGCUACGUCUCAGGGUGAAAAGUACUUCUUCACACAUUGGAAAUGGAGACAAUGUUUUCCACUGGGUCCUCGCUGGUGGGGGAGCUAUCUGGGAUGGGGAUGUGGUCACUGGGUCUGGGGGCUGUCGGAGCCGCCCUAGCCGGGAUCUUCCUGGCCAACACUGAUCUGUGUCUGCCUAAAGCUGCCAAUGCAUCGCUGGAGUACCUAGAAAAUGCUGACCUGCGCUCCACCAUAGAUGAUGACAAGGCCAUCAAAGCAAAGAUCUUGUGGGAGAAGAACGGGGCUGUGGUCAUGGCCGUACGACGACCGGGAUGAUUUUUGUGUAGAGAGGAGGCCUCUGAGCUGUCCUCUCUGAAGCCCCAGCUGGAAGAGCUCGGGGUCCCUCUGGUUGCUGUGGUGAAGGAGAACAUCGGCACAGAGAUCCAGGACUUCAGACCGCAUUUCGCUGGGGACAUCUACAUAGAUGAACAGAAACACUUCUACGGCCCGCUGCAGAGGAAGAUGGGGGGUCUAGGGUUAAUCCGCCUAGGAGUGUGGCAGAACUUCAUGCGGGCCUGGAGGUCGGGCUACCAGGGCAACAUGAUGGGCGAGGGCUUCGUCCUGGGGGGAGUGUUUGUUAUCGGGGCAGGAGACCAGGGGAUUCUGCUGGAACACCGUGAGAAGGAGUUUGGCGAUAAGGUGGACACUGCAGAUGUUUUAGAGGCUGUCAAGAAAGUUGUUCCAGUGAAAUAAGUUAUGUUGGCACUCCACAAAGAGCACAUACACUGUAUUUAGAUCAGAACUAGAAUUAAGAAAUAAUUACCAUUUUUAAUUUGACAUGCUGAAUUGCAAAGUUUGGCCAUCACUAAAAUACUGAUAUUAUAAUGAGAUUUACGUCUGUUUACAUUGUCUAAUAUCACAAUAUACUUUUUUCUUUUGCAGAGUAAUUUACUUUAGAUUACAAAAUAGAGCUGAGAUGCAGUUCAGAGCCAAUAAUAUUACAGUAUUUGUAUUCCUCUUAUCUCUCCAGACACUCUAGAGUCUAGUUUCUACGAAACGGGUAUUAAAUACAGGUAGUAAGGGACUUAAAGGCAGCAUUUUCAUUCAGGUACAUCGACCAUGAAAUUGAAGGUCACUUGAAAUCUUCUUUCUGGACAUAAUUCAAUCUAAAGGUUUGAUUUCAAAUGUGAAUAAUAAUUCUAUUAACAACUGUUAGUGGUACACUCCUGUGUUCCUGUGUGUUAUCUCUGCUUGCUUCUCCUGGUCAGGUGCAUAAAUGGGCCUCCAACAUGGUAGACAAGUGUGUGUGUGUGGUCUGUGUGUGUGAUAAUGACAACCUGACUCUAAACUCAAAAGUGAGAGGAGCAGGUUUGAUGCUCAAACACACACAGGUUCAGCUACUGUCGCCAUGCUGAGGAGUGUUUAUGGUGCCUGAAUGGGUCGUUGCUUAAUGUCUGUAUGUAUAUGUGUGUGUGUUGUGCGUGAGAGAGAGAUUGUGCGUACUAGUUGCACAAAAUAAAAAUAAUAAAUAAGAACCUCAUCACCACA